AUGCCGUUCCACCCGGUGACGGCGGCGUUGAUGUACCGGGGCAUCUACACCGUGCCCAACCUGCUGUCGGAGCAGCGCCCAGUGGAUAUCCCCGAGGACGAACUGGAGGAGAUCCGUGAGGCCUUCAAGGUGUUUGACCGUGACGGCAAUGGGUUCAUCUCCAAGCAGGAGCUGGGCACAGCCAUGCGCUCUCUGGGCUACAUGCCCAACGAGGUAGAGCUUGAGGUCAUCAUUCAGAGGCUGGACAUGGAUGGUGAUGGUCAAGUGGACUUUGAAGAGUUUGUUACCCUCCUAGGACCCAAGCUGUCUACUUCGGGGAUCCCAGAGAAGUUCCAUGGCACUGACUUUGACACAGUCUUCUGGAAGUGCGACAUGCAGAAGCUGACAGUGGAUGAGCUGAAGCGGCUGCUCUAUGACACCUUCUGUGAGCACCUAUCCAUGAAGGACAUAGAGAACAUCAUCAUGACAGAAGAGGAGAGCCACCUGGGCACAGCUGAGGAGUGCCCUGUGGACGUGGAGACUUGCUCCAACCAGCAGAUCCGUCAGACGUGCGUGCGCAAGAGUCUGAUUUGCGCCUUCGCUAUCGCCUUCAUCAUCAGCGUCAUGCUCAUCGCGGCCAACCAGGUGCUGCGCAGUGGCAUGAAAUAG